UGUUAGCAGUUAGUUAGUUCUCGGAGUUAGUUUGUAAACGUACCGUUGGAACAUUGUUCCUUAAAAAUGGCAAAAGAAUCUAGAAGCAAAAAAGGGAAUGGUGCUGUCACUACAUAUCUUAUACUUUAUAAUGGAUUACAAACAUUAGGUUGGUCAUAUCUUCUAUUUCAAGUAAUUAUAUAUUAUUUAUUCGGAUCGACGAAGUCUCUCUACGAUACAGUACAAUGGACAGUUAAUAUAUUCCAGAAUUUGGCCGUGUUGGAGGUGUUGCAUGCAGCUAUAGGAAUAGUGAAAUCAAAUCCCAUCAUCACGGCUGUUCAAGUAGCUUCAAGAGUAGUUGUGGUGAUCGGUGUUCUGAUAGCUACGCAAGCGCCUCGGGACUCUAUAGGUUUAACUUUGUGUCUUCUGGCUUGGUCCAUCACAGAAAUUAUUAGAUACUCUAUGUAUGCUCUCUCAUUAGUGAAUGCAGUGCCAUAUUUUUUGACUUGGUUAAGGUACUCUUUGUUCGUCGUGUUGUACCCUAUAGGAAUUACAGGAGAAUUACUAUGUUUAUAUUGGGCUCAAAAGGAAGUCGCAGAAAAUAAUUUGUAUUCGAUUACCAUGCCAAAUGUAUUUAAUGUUAUAUUCAAUUAUCAACACGUUCUUAUUUUUACGAUGUUGUUGUACAUUCCAUUCUUUCCACAACUUUACGGUCACAUGUUCACUCAAAGGAAGAAAGUACUAGGAGGAAAGAAAAAAGAGUAAGGCUGUUCUAAAUGUUCUCACUAUCGAUGAUCUAUUUUUGUUAAUUUUUAUGAUUUUUAUUUAAUUUAUUUAAACUGCUUCUAUUGUUGAGUGGUUGAAUACAGUAACAUUUUUAUAUUCUCAAUGAGCCGUGAUGUUAUAUGACAUGAUGAAUUAAUUAUUAAAUAAACAUGAACAAAUCGA